AUGUGCAUAACAUACGAACCGCCAGCGCCUCUUAACACCCAUUUCUACGACCCCAAUCUAGGGACUUCAGCAUACACCAUGACACCAGCACCAACGUCCCCAACACGCGCGGCAGACGCGUCCGCGAAGCCUCGGCCAAAGCUGCUAGCAGCUCUGCGCAAAACCGUGGACUCUUCAGAUAGCGAAGCCGGAUCUGAUAGUGAAGCGUCUGCAUCUGAGAAUGACACAGCACCCACAUUCAGCGCAAAGCCUUCAACAACAACACGUGGGGAGCCGGCGACAACGCAGGUUGACGAGGAAGACGAGAGCGAUGGAGAAGACGCAUACGAACUCAUGAAGAAGAGGCUCGCUGCCAACAAGAGCUCAUCGACAGCACAAUCGGCCGCGCCGCAACAAGCACAGCAGGAAGCACCCAUUGUUGCUACCAUCGAAAGUAGCGAAGAUGAGGACGCAAUGCCUGUACGAGCGAAUGCCCGCAAACCAGCCACAACCCGGACGAAGACUGCAAGCCCUCGAGCAUCCGCAUCGCCAAGCGUACGAUCACGACCAUCUUCCCCAGGCCUCUUCGUGACUCCGGGUCCAUCACCGGCUAAGAAGCCAUCACGGCGAUCAGCGAAUGCCGGCUCAGACUCCGACGAGUCUUCGCGGCCCAUCCAUACUACCGACCUGCAAGAGCGGGUACGACGCAUUCGAGAGGAAAGGUUGGCGAAACAGCGAGAGGAGGAAGCGCAGCAGGCACAAUCUAAGAAGCUCGCACGACGGCUAGCAGAUCAGGGCUCUGGCAGCGAGUCGGAUGGCGAGAGCGGCAGGCGGCUUACACAACAAGCGAAGCCAACCCGCAAAGCUGGAAAGAAGGCCCUGGAGGCAAUGGCUCGCGACCAGCAGCGCAUAAGCCGUAACAUGCAGCUUACCCACCAAGCCAAGACAAAGAAGCGCUUCACAACCCAGGAUCUGUUCAAGAAGUUCAACUACCAAGCGCCCAACGCCGAAGUCGUACCUCUCCCAACGCCAGAGGCCAGCUCGGCCCUUACAUCGUCUGAUGCAGAGGCAAACCAAAUACAGGACACGCCGCCGACGAGUCCCCAAAGACAAAAUGCUACGGAGGAAAAGGGUGCUUCCGUAGAUCAACAAACAUCUACCACGGCGCCCGAAAGCAACAUUCAGCCACCCGAGCCCGCGAGAGUGGACAAGGGCAAAGGGCGAGCACCCGAGUUCCAACACUUGCCGGUACAUCCUUGGAUGAAGCAGGCAGAUCCAGUCACUGUGCAUACAGCGGCAGUGGAAACCAAAAAGACCUCCGACAACGAUAUGGUGGAACUUUCGGACUCGGACGAUGAUGCAAAGGUGGAACAGCCCAAGAGCCGAUUCCCCGUCUUUGACCGGUUACCCACAAAGAAGGAUAACGAGGCAGGGUCAUUCGUACAUCUACGUGCUCUCGCUCAGUUGACCAAGUCGCCACCAAAGGGCAAGAAGGGACAGAAGAUAGUGACUCGUGGUGAGAUGGAAUUCGCCCUAGCUCAGAAGGCUCGCCAACAGACUGCGAAAGCCAAAGAGGAGAGAAUAGCCGACUUGAUCAAGCGAGGUCACAACCCUGAGACUGAAGAGGAGAGGGAGAAGCGCCAAGAGGAGAUCGACGACAUGGUCGCAAUGCUCGAGAAGCAAAGGCAGGAGGACCUUGAACUAGCCAAGAUGGAGAGGAAGGAGGCGAAGAAAAACGGCGAGACCAUCGAUGACCUUCCCUCCAGCGAUGAUGAAGACGGCGACUAUGUCGGCAGCGGCGAGGAGGACGCCAACCAAGAAGAGGACGAUGAUCAAGAAGAAGCCGAGGUUGUUCUAUCAGGCUCAGAAGACGAGCAGAUGGAAGACGACGCUGAAGACAAUCCUCUCAUCGACGGAAUGGCUGACGAGGACGACGAGCCAGAGCAGACAGUGCAAGCCCAGAACGUCAACGAGGAUGUCGAUAUGGAAGACGAAGAUGCCGUCGCUCCUGUUCGAAGGCAAACUAUCAACCGUGCCCGCAACCGAGUCGUUGACGAUGACGACGAUGAUGAUGCAGAGGCUCCUAGGCCUGCCACACCCACUCAACCAGCAACUCAAACCGACACAAUGGCCGCCUUUGGGUUCGGCAACGCCAACACCGGCAUAGGCCUCACACAGAUGUUCGCAGGCACCAUGGCCGAGUUGGAGUCUGACUCCCAACCUGCUGCCGCCGUCAACACCGAACAAGACUCUCUAGAGUUCCUGCGAAACCUGCCCGAUACCCAACCCGCAGCAAACUUUAGCCAGGCUUCGGAGUUUGUAGUCCCCAACAGCCAGACUUUCAUGUCGCCACAGAAGCAAACACAGACUGGCGACGAGUCUCAAUUCAGCAUGGGGAUCAGCCAAGUCGUCAGGACUUCCCCCAUGUUCUCGCGGACCCAGGUCGAGGACUUUGAACCAACACAGGAUGCAGGCUUCUCCUUCUCUCGGUCGCCAGCAGGCCUUGCCCCGCCACCAUCAACGACCGAUACCGUCAUGGUGCUCAUUGCCGAGUCGCCAAUCAAGCAGAAAGGCAAGCUUCAGCGUGGACGGCGAGAGGCUGCUGUUGAGCUCUCUGACGUUGAAGACGACUCGAUCGAUGCUGAGGAAGAGAGCGAGGACGACAUCCAACGCCCUCCUAAGCUCAGCAAAGAUGCUUUCAUGAAGUUGCAGCAAGCGGCUAAGAAGGCCAAGGCAGCUGAAGAAUUCGACAAGAAGAAGAGCAUGGCGAGAGAAGCCGUCAUGGAACAAGCCGAGGAGUCUGAGGACGAAUACGCCGGGCUUGGAGGAGCUAGUGAUGAUGAGGAAGGCGAGGAAGACGAAGAUCUCAAGGACAUGAUCGACCACAACGACGUUAAAGUCAACGAGCGCCAGAUUGCUGCUUUCUACGCGUAA